CCGCCCGCAUCCUGCUCCUUCCCAUCUGGCCUGGCGUCGCCUGAUCCCCGUCCGUCGCUGCUGCCCUUUCCCUCUCCCUCUCUUCUCCCACCACCACCCACGCCCUCUCGCUUUCUCUCUCCCCCCUCGCAGGCCCUCCAGCACCGUCGGUGAUCUGGUUCUUUCGUUUAUGCCGCGCUCUGUAUAAUUCACAGUCACUCGCUGAUCCCCUCUCCCAUUUUUUUCCGCGAUUCCCGUCCACGUUGUGCCUGCUCCACGCCACGAGCGAGCCGACUUCACUCUUCAGCACUGCAGGAACCCGCGCAUUCCCUACCGCCCUCCUAUCCCUCCACUCUCGCUGCCACUGAGGACUCGAAGCUCGACCCAUCGUCUGACAUCUCCACACCCUACUCGAGCAUCAAUUUGGAAAGCGGGCGUGGCGCCAGGCCCGGAUGGAGUUCAUCGACUUCUCCGCCGGUCGUGCUGGCGCUCAUGACACGGCCGACGACGGUCAUCCCGACACCACCGCCCACCCUGUCCACCACUUUGCCCACAUGGCCGCCCCAUAUUCUACCGAUCCCGCCAACCCCGCCUACCUCAAUCCCACCUUCUCCUCCACCAUCUCGUGCGACAUCAAACCGCGCCUGACCAAAGAGCAACAUGAUAUCCUCGAGGCGCAUUUCCAAAAACAGCACAAGCCCAACACUGUCACCAAGAAAGGCUUCGCCGCCACCCUCGGCGUGACGCUGGACAAGGUCAACAAUUGGUUUCAAAACCGCCGCGCGAAGCUGAAACAGGAUGCGAAAAAGCAACAAGGCGCGCUCAACCUCUACAACGGCCAGAACCAGUCUUCCUCCGACAGCGAGACGUCGCCAACCUACGUGGACACGGCGUCGCAAUACCAUGCCAUGAUGCAGCAGUGGUCAGCGGAGCUUUCGCCAGCCAACGCCUUGGGCAUCUCCCAUCCUCCGAACGCCUCCGCCAUCGUGCCUCCCCACACUGCUCCGUUCCUCAACGGCUCUGCUACGGACGCGACAAUGAACGCCUACAUUCCCAACGCGCACUUUGCUCCAGCCGUGUUUAGUGGCAGCCAGGAAGAGUUCAACCGGCGCACCCUCACCCAGGAGCAGUUCGAUGCCAUGGAGCGAAGUGGUGGCAUGGUGGACAGUUUGGGCAACUGGCAAGAGUUUGAGAUGAAUUUCGGGGGAGAUCAGGGCGCGAUGAACGCCAUGUUCCCCAGCAACGACUUCAAGUCAGCAGGCCAAGGCGUCUAUGGCUACCCCAUCGGUGCUCCCAUGACCAGCUACGACUCCACCGUCCCCUCCAACCUUUCGGCCGAGUCAUUGCCGCAUUUCCCCUCCUCGACCGCCAUGCAAACCCGACCGAACAUGUCUGCGAACAGUUCCGACUGGUCCGGUAGCAGAAGCUCUUCCAUCCAGGAGGCUGCCAUCAAUCAAAUGCAACUGCAGCAUGCGCCCGCGGCGAUGGUCACCUCGCAAUGGCAGCCUGGUCAAUCGAUUCCCGUGGAUUCCACGCAGCAAGCCGAAGAGUUCCGACAGAUCCGCACUCAAGCACAGGCCCGUGUGUCGCCGCAACAGCCCAUGCAUGAGCCGCUCUCUGCGUGGUCUGACGACACUUUCGUCCGCCGGGGCUCCUCGGCGUCUUUACUCGCACAAUCCAUGAGUACUGUCGGCCUACAGACCCCACCACAACCCCAGAAUCCCACGUUCAAGUCUCCUGCGCCGCCCGCAAACAUCGCCGCCCGCCGCCAGAGGGCCCCAAGACCGGCUGCGCUGGGCGCCGCAGCUCUGCGCAGCCAGUCUCAUAGUGGUGCGGUGCAGUCCGCGACACUGAGCCAUGCGCAACCUCCGCAAGUCAACUCUGCCGCGGCCGCCGGUCUGCGCCGCAUCAAGUCCUCCACCUUUAUGGGUGCUGUCGCCCCCGGCCGGGUCAUGAAGUCCACCCCGGGUUCCGCGCAGCGUUCGCCCAUGCAUCAGAAUUUUGCAGAUGCCAUGAACUCGCCGCAUCUCCUGCGCCACGUUUCUAGCCAGUCUCACGGCAGCUUGGCGCCCCCGACGCCGCUGUCGCCGAAGGACACCUCAUCAGUGGAAGCUCCGGGCCAGUUCCUUCAGUGGCAGUCGAACGUGAGUCGGCAAGCCAGUAUUGCUGAAACCGAUGCCGAGCAUGCGCACAGCUAUCGCUCUGCAUCUACCGUACCCGCGCAGGACGUAUCGUCUCCACCUCACACCCCGAUGUACCAGCGCUCCAAUGCACAGUCACGGUUCAACGGCAGCAUCGGUUUGGAGAAUACUCCGCCACAGUCCGCGCCUGCGGGCCAAACGUGCUUCUCAUCGAACAUGUUCUCCGUGCCACAAGCUUCGCAACAGCAGAUGCACCCGCCAGCACCUUUCCAACAAUUUGCGCAUGCCGGUCCGCUGUCUCAGCCAUUCGCCGACGCUGCCAUGCCGGAUCAGCAGUUCCAAAUGUCCAGCGUCGCGUUUGUACCUACGCAGCACGGCAACGUCCCUACAUCUGCACCAGGAUUGCCGAUGGAUUUCGCCAACGGUGUACCCAUGGUUAAUGCUGCGGGCGACGUCACGUUGUAUUUCCCCAAUCAGUUCCAAUAUGCUCCGGAACAGCAAGCCUAUGGCCCGACUCCGCCUCAAUCCAUGCACACCCCGCCACAGAUCGCAUAUCCGUUCGCAGCUUCUGUAUCAGACUCGCCGAGCAGUCAAGGCUCCGCACCGAAGGCAGCGUCGGCCGAUUUCUUUGUCCACCAGUACUCUCCACCAGAUUCGGUGAAGCGAGGCUCCACUCCACGGCGAGGCCCAACCGACACCGUGCCGAAGAACUAUGCGUUCGCCCACACCGGGCCCGAACACUACGAGGAGAAGAAGGCCGACGACAGGAAGAGGGUCAAGUCUGACGCAAAAGACUCGCUCCAUUCCACCAGUCCCGCGAGCAGCAGCGGCGCCGCUGUCACCUUGUGAGGAUCAUGUGUCCGUUACCGCCUGAUCGAAUCCCUCUAUUCUACCCAACACCUUGGCCCUGCCAUAUUGGCUGGGACGACACAAAACCAUCGUCAUCAUUUCGAUGAUUGACGCUUUCAUGACACGCCACACGACCGAUCGACGCCCCUUUUCAUGUCUGCUACUUUUAUUGUUGUUUUUCUUGGAUGGAGACCCUUGUGCGAGCCAAAAGUGAGCGGACAAUCUAGCCAGUCUUGGCGAUUAUCACGCGCGGAGCGUUCCGGAGACGAGGCGAGUGCGGUACUUAUGUCCAUGGAGGUGUUUGGCAUAUGACGGAGUCUUGCGAGACUAUUGGCUUCUUCACCUGAGGAGUGGACGAACAUCGUUAAUGAUCAUGACAUUGGAUUCUUGGUUGUGGGGCUCUGGGUGUAUUUAGGCAUAGAGCCCUCUGUAGCUUUACGUUGCACUCUCUGAAUACGAUUGGCAAAUGCUACUAUACAC